UGUUCGCUGUCUGCCUCAGACCAGCAGCUAGCCCCCGACGCGGGGCCAUCCUGCUCUUUUCACCGGGAACGAGAGUUUCUCUCGUCCUCCCGGUCGCUGCAGUCCGCUGAUGACCCAGUUGGUAAAGCAGGCCUGGGCCAGUCCCAUCACAGGCACCGAACUCUGGAACGACAUUAUUGAUACAACCGGUGUCAUGAACACGGCCGUUUCGGACAGCUGGCUCUACUCUUCCACCUCUCAGCCCUCCCAGCAACAACAACAACAACAACAUCAACAUCAAAAUCAACAACAACAACAACAACAACAACAACAACAACAGCAGACACUGUUGCACGCUGGUGGUGCACAAUCCCACUUCGCCCUAACUGCAAAUGACCUUGCACGCGCAACCGCGGGUCGUCGAGCCCCAGACGUAUCGCCCUUUUCUGGACAAAGCCUCUCCCUCGGCCGCACUGACGAUGACGACCAUGAUCCUUCUCAAGCCAUGCACAACAACUUGAAUAACCCUUUUGGUGAUCUUGCCCUGUUUGUCGGUAUGGACAACGAGGACAGCUUCAUGCCCAACAGCGCCGAAGCCGACAGCCAGGACCCAACCGGCGAACCGGCCCCCAAACGGCGACCCUCCUCCGUGGCAAAAAGCACGGCCUCGUCCGAUGAUAACAGCAGCAGCAACAACCCAGCCCGCUCUCGGCGCUACAACCUACCCUUUGAAGUCGAACGUCAAACGCCCAAUGUCAAAUCAAAGCUCAAGGGCGUGCGGGGCUAUCGCCGCCAAGCCUUGCUUGACAAUAUGGACGACCGUGAGCGAAAAGCUGAAGAGGACGCUCGCGUGGAGCGAAAUCGGCUCUCGGCGCGUGAGUGUCGCGCACGCAAAAAAUUCCUGUCACUCAAACUCAUGUACUAUGCUUGCAUCGAUACCCCCCAGGCCUAUAUCGAGCUUCUUGAGGCGCGAGUUGCCCGAAACGACGAACUGGUCAAGAAGAACGAGGAACUUGAGGCUCGCGUCACAGAACUUCAAGCCCUAUGCGCUGAACAGCAAAAAAGGCUGCAACAACUGACUCACCACCUCAACACCGCCAACGCCACAGCCACCAGUUCUGUUACACACGGAAUCAACAGCACUGCUGCUUUGCUCCGUAAUCCUGGCUGGAGUGCGGGUGCCCCUGCUGGUGCUGGUCUCACCCCUACCACGACGAUGGUCGGUGCCAGUAGCCUGGGCGCCAGCAAUCCACUUGCCAACAUGACUGUCGGUCGCAACCAACCUGCCAAACCCAUCGACUACAACCACCAGUUUAUGCUUCAGCAACACCUCCAAGAGUUGCGCCAAGAGAUUCGACCUCAACCACACAUGGCUCUCAGCAGUGCUGGAGCCAUGGGCUUUGGUGCCCCGAAUCAUGGUGCGGGCAACAUUGCCUCUACCAUGAAUGCCUCCUCUUUGAGUGGCCUGGGCAUGCUUGAUCAAAUGCCUCCCAUGUCCUUUGGUUCAGGCGUUUCAGGCUUGUCGACAGCACAGCAGCUUGUGCAUCUCCUCGACCAUUAAGAGUCGAGGCCGUUUGUGCCUAUGUUUUGUUCUCUCUCUCUCUUUUUUUGUUCUUUUGACUUCACAACAAAAGGGGAGGCCAGAGCUUGCUCGAGCCUCGCUUUCUGGCAAUCCCCUUUCUGCCGUCACGCGCAGAGCUGUCAUGUGUCGCACCUAGCGAUUCCGGCGGCUGCCAUGUUGGAUGCGGUCAACAUCCUAUUCAUUAACAUUUUAUCAGCCUGGUUUUAUGGUCCUCCUGCGAGGCAGGUACCAGUCAGGGCCAUCGGUCCAUCAUUGUCGGUGGAUGGUCUCACCUCACUUGGCGUCAUCGUUCAAAGUCCCGUUGCACGGGGGGUCCUGUGUUGGUACCAAUACCAAGGAUUCUAUUGCGCGAUGAAUCAACAGCCAUUUUUUUGUUUUUUUUGUUUGGCACAAUUCCACUGUGCGCGGGAUUACUGUUAAUUCAAACUUUUUGGUCAAUUGAUUCUAGUGUUUG